AUGGCCCCCAAAGGCAGUGGCUCGACUAUCCUCUCUGUCCUCCCUAGUCCUUGGGUACCGUAUGCUCAGUUAAUUCGACUUGACAAACCCAUUGGAUUCGCUAUUGUCUAUCUCCCGUACCUCAUUGGUAUAAUUUACGCGGCUAGUAUCGCACCCGACGCCCUCCCCAUCUCCGAGCUCUUAGACCGCGCCCGGAUCUUCCUGACAGGGAGCAUCAUUCUGCGCUCCGCAGGAUGCACCUGGGAUGAUAUUGUCGAUCAAGACCUGGAUCGCAAGGUUGGGCGCAGCCAGGGACGGCCAAUUCCAAGAGGCGCCGUCUCUACCACCAAUGCAUUUUUGUUCACACUUGUUCUCUCCGCCAUAGGCGUAUACAACCUCCGAUUGCUACCUAUCGAAUGCUCGUUCGACGCAAUUGUCAUCGUUGUUCUGUCCUUGGUCUACCCUUACCUCAAACGAGUCACCAAUUACCCUCAGGUCGUGCUUGGCCUGACCAUCGCAUUUGCUAUCAUUAUGGCAACACAUUCACUCGGUGUGGAUCCUUGGGCCUAUCCGACUCACAUCUCCACAUUGAGUCUGUAUUUUUCAAUAGUGCUCUUGAUGAUGUUGUACGAUAUCAUCUACGCACGACAAGAUACUGCGGAUGAUGUCAAGGCUGGGGUCAAGGGCAUGGCAGUGCGCUUCCGACAUUCAAUCAGGUUGUUGGCUUAUAUUAUGGCACUGGCCAUCACGAUCUUUCUGGGUAUAAUUGAAAUCUCUACAGUGAUUAUGGGUGAGAUCUCGUUCGAGGAGCAACUGCUCCGUACUGUUGGAAGCGACGAUUCUCUCGUUACCUUCCCCGUUUCUCCUGAGGGAAUUCCGGUGUUCAAUCGCAACAUUCCAUUGACCCCCAAAGCUAUCACCUUUCCGCAAUCUGUCGAGCAAGUGGCGGAAAUAGUGAAGCGUUCUGCCGCUGCCGGCUAUAAGGUCCAGGCAAGGAGUGGCGGGCACAGUUACGCCAAUCAUGGAUAUGGUGGCGUCGACGGAGCCGUAGUCGUGGAUUUGAAGAAUCUACAGUAUCUCUCCAUCGACGAGUCGAGUCACGCUGCAACCUUUGGGGCGGGUGCUCAUCUUGGAGACAUUGCGCGGUUUCUCUACAAACAAGGAAGAGCAAUGGCACAUGGAACAUGCCCUGAUGUUGGGAUCGGUGGACACGCUACCACCGGUGGUAUGGGCCCCGCUUCACGCCAAUGGGGGCUAGCGAUUGACCAAAUCCUCGAAAUGCAAGUUGUCCUCGCGGAUGGACAGAUCGUUCGAACAUCUCAGACAGAGCACGAGGACUUGUUUUUUGCUCUAAGAGGUGCCGGUGCUAGCUUUGGGAUUGUGACUGAGUUCGUGAUGCGGACGCAGCCGGCACCCACAGAGGCCGUCCAGUAUGAGUAUGUGCUCGAAUCCACCAAUCCAGUUGUGAGGGCAAAUACCUUCAAGGCCUGGCAGCAGCUGGUUGCAGAUCCUGCUCUCCCGGUGGACCUGCACAGCAUGAUUGAUAUUUUCGAACACAAGAUAGUGAUAUCGGGAACCUUCUUCGGCACACGGGAGAGCUUUGACGCCCUUAACCUGGACAUCUGCUUUUCAGAUAUUCAAGGCAACGUCACUGUCACAUCAGACUGGAUGCAGUUGGUGGAUAGUUGGGCGAACCAUGUGCUUCGCGAAUUCGGUGGCGGUGUGCCACGAGCUUUCUACGCGAAGUCGUUGAACUUCAAUGCGCAGAGCAUUCUACCGCCAGCUGUUGUCGAUACUUUAUUCCAUUUCUUGAGUACAUGGGCUCAGGGUCGAGGAAGGCUUUUCCUAUCGUUUCAUCUCGGAGGCGGCGCCAUUUUGAAUGUUCCCAAAGGCGAAACGGCGUAUCCGUAUCGAGAUACGCUAUUUUGGGGCCAGUUUGCUGUGGCCGGAAUGGGAGUCGUUCCUCAAAAGUCACAGGAUUUUGUGAACUGUAUUGUUGGUAUUAUCACUGGAGGCAUGCCAGACGGCAUCUUUGGGGCAUACGCAGGACAUGUGGAUCCCUCCUUACUCAAUCCUCAAGAUGCGUACUGGGGUCCAAGCCUCCCCAGACUGAUGAAGAUUAAAACAUCUGUUGAUCCCCAAGACGUUUUUCAUAACCCGCAAAGCGUCGCUGUGCUCGAACCAAGCACUUGA